AUGUUAAGACGAUCAUCAACAAUCAAUGAUGAAGAUCAAAAAAAAUUUUCAUUAAAAAAACGUUGGUUAGCACAUCAUCAUGAUGAUCAACAACAAGUUAAUAAUAAUAAUCAAAAUUAUAUAUUAGAAAUAAAUAAAUUAUUACGUGAAUAUAAUUUUCAAGAUUGGAGAACAAUAACAGUUCUUGUAGAAAUAAAUUCAAAUGAAUAUAUAUCAGGUAAAAUAAUAAAUAUUGGUUUAAAUGGUUGUUUAUCUGUACAAUUAAAUCAAUAUUCAAAUAAUAAAAUAAUUGAAAUAAAUGUUUAUGAAAAUAUAUUUGGAAUAUUAUCUGAUAAUGCACCACCUAUACAAGAUUUAAUUGAAGGAAAAUAUAUUUUAACUAAAAAUCCAUAUAAUAAGAAUUUAUAUCAAACAGCUGUUAUUAUUGAAAAAACACAAGAAGGAAAAUUUAAAAUUUUAUUUCAAGAUCAAUAUGAUAUAUUAUGUGUACCAAGACAAUCUAUUAGAUUAUUUUUACCACCAUGGCAUGAUGAAAUUCCAAUUGAUUGGAAUGAAGCACUUUAUCAAACAAGAUUAUUUACUGUUAAGAAGAUUUUUAAUGGUUCAUGUGUAAGUCCAUUAUGUGUAGAUGAUAAUAAUUGUUCAAAUGAUUCAUCAAAUAUGAAAAUGGAUAUAUGUGAAAAUGUAUUAAAUGAAAAAUCAUAUCGUAAAGGUGAUAUAAUAACAAUUGAUUCUCAAAUACGAAAAAAAUAUAAUGGUAAACAAUGGCGUCGUCUUUGUUCAUAUGAAAAAUGUAUAAAAGAAUCUCAAAGAUUUGGUCUUUGUUCAAGACAUUUAUCAUUAAAAGAUAAAGAUAAAGAUAAAGAUAAACUAAUAAUUAAUAUUCCAUUAAAUGAAACUAGUCAUCAAUCUCAAAUAAAUAAAUCUAUUUUAAUAAAAGAAAAUUCAAAUAAAUAUUUAAAAGAUAAAUUAAUACGUCGUCCAAUUAAUUCUUUUAUGUUAUUUUCUCAAGAAGAACGAGCAAAAAUACAUUUAGAAAAUCCACAUUAUGAUAAUAGAAAUGUAUCUAAAAUGUUAGGUGAAAAAUGGUAUUCAUUAUCACAAUAUCAACAACAACAAUAUAAAUUACGUGCUAAACAAUUAAGUGAUUUAAAUAAAGAACAAUUAAGAAGAUCAACUAGAUUACAAACAAAUAAUAAAAUAAUAUCAUCACCAACUCCAACAGAUCCACUUCAAGUUUUUGCACAAAUUUGUACAAAUAUGCCAAAAUUAACAGAAUAUUUUUCACCAAUAACAAAACCAUCAUUAGAAAAUUCAUCAACAUUAACAAAUAUAAUAACACCUGUACCUAUUCAUCCUAAUACAACAUUUAAUAUUAUUAAUCCAACACAAACUGAUCAUUCAUCUUAUCAAAUCGAAAAUGAAACAAAUAUAUUAUUAGAAAAAGAUAAACAAUCAAAUAUAAUUGAUAAAUAUGAUUAUUCAAAUGAAUAUUCAUUAUCAAAAUCUCCAUCAAUAUUAUCUCAUAGUGAAACUUGUCGAACAAUUGUUUCAAUGUUAAUUAAUCAACGUAAAACAAAUAUAGAUCUUGAACAACAACUUAAACAUUUACAAUCAUCAAUUAAACCAAUAUCUAUUGAUGAACAUCAAACACAUUCAUUUGUUUCAUCAUAUUCAUCAUCAAGUACAUCAACAGGUUAUUCAAGUGGUUCAUCAAUUGAUGGAAGUAGUACUAUUCUAUCAGCUUUUAGUUCACGUUCAAAUAGUUCAUUAUCGGAAAGAAGUAAAACAUCCCCAACAUCAUUUAAACCAAUUUUAAAAAUUAAAUCUCAAAUAACAACAGAUGAGGAUUUUAAUUAUAAAUCUUCAAUUUUAUAUCAACAAAAAAUUGAUUUAGAUGAACCAUUAAAUAAACGACAAAAAAUUAUUAAUUUAGAGGAAAGUGAAGGACCAAGAACUCGAUCUCGAAGUAUAAGUGAACGUGGAGGAAUAAUUGAAUCAUGUUCAAUGGUAACACGUAAACGAAAAGCAUCAAUUAUUAAUGAACAAAGUCAAACAGAAAUAAAACAAUUACCUAUGGAUUAUAUUAAACAAUUAGAUGAAAUGAAAAAUCAAUAUAUAAAAUUAAGUACAAAUCGACAUUCAACAAAUGACUCAAUAAAUAAAAGUCAAUUAUCAUCAAAAUUAAAAGUUAUUGAAUUUCUUAAAGAUCAUCUUUAUCCAACAGAUGCAUCAAUAUCAUCAUUUCAAAUAUUAAAUGCAGAAUUAUUUCCAAAUAAACGUAUUUUAAAUCAACGUAUUCGAGAAAUUCGUCAAAAAUUAAUGAGUCAUUUAAAACAAGAUAAAAUUUGA